GCGGGACAUGACGACGAGUGAUUAGGCGCCGUUACCAUUAUUAUUACCGCAUUUAGCGUCCAUGGCCGAACCGACAACGUCAUCACGUGGCGUGCUGCGGUGGGGCAUCUUGGGAUGUGGGAAGAUCAGCAAUGACUUUGUCAUGGGUCUAGCCCUCGUGCCCAAUGCCCAAGUGGUGGCAUGUGCAUCCAGGACGCUCGAUGCCGCCGUUGCAUUUGGCGCGCUGCAUGGCAUUCCGCAGUGCUACGACUCGUACGAUGCGCUGUGCCGGGACCCGACCAUCGACGUCGUGUACGUCGGCACGCUGCACACGUACCACCACCCGCACACGAUGCUCGCCCUCUCCCACAACAAGCACGUGCUUGUGGAGAAACCCAUGGCGCUGAAUCGCCGGGACGCCGCGGACAUGGUGUCUCUCGCGAAGUCCAAGGGCCUCUUCCUCAUGGAGGCCAUGUGGACGCGGUUCUUUCCCGCCAUUCGCCACGUGCGGUCGCUGCUCGCCGACGGCGCCAUCGGAGACGUCCACGCCGUCCAUGCCGACAUGGGCUUUGCGUUCCCAAGUUCCGCUGAUCGCAUAUGGAAGCGCGACUUGGGCGGCGGCGGGCUCUUGGACAUUGGCAUCUACCCGCUGGCGUUUGUGUCCAUGGUAUUCCCCCACGAAAUCCCCGUCCAAGUGCACACCGUGGGCAGCCUCUCGGACGACGGCGUCGACGUGUUUGCAGUUGUGACGUUGCAGUACCCCCGCCACCGCUACGGCACGAUCCAGUACUCGUGUUUGGCCGACUUUCGCGAAGAAGUGACGAUCUUGGGCUCCAAAGGUCGGCUGGUCAUCGACGCCCCGGCGCACACCCCCACGCGCGUGCGUGUGGACCGCGGCACGGGUGACGCGGAGCUGUUCGAGUUCGCCCUCCCCAAGCCUGCCGUCUCCGCCAGCGCAUUCAACUUUGGCGGGUCCGUGGGCCUGAGCUACGAGGCGGCGGCAGUCACCCGAGCCAUCCUCCAUGACCGUGCGACAGAGUGCGCGGAAUACCCGCUGUCCGAGUCGCUCUUCCUCGCCGGACUUAUGGACACCAUCCGGCGGGACCUUGGGGUCGUAUAUGACGCGGAUUUCACGCCGAGUUACUUGUAGACACUCUGAUUUGUGUGGACAUUACUACGUAGUAGUUUGCUUCAAGGUCUCUAAUGAAUGUGAACACAUGCCGUAAGUUUCAGCGUCACUGGCAUAGGCACUUCCAACCAAAUUCGUGUAACUUUGUUAACAUGAUUCAUCGAUGGUUUGAGCA